CGAAACCCUCUUUUCCACAAUGGCGUCGACGAAGAGAUGUCAGGUAGGUAGGUGUCUGUCUGCUUCUGGUUGCAAAAGACACGGGUUCAAAACCCGCUGCUCACCUAAUUUUCUUCCGGAGUACGGAAAAAGAAAAACGGUGGGUGGGCCAAGAAACGAUGCACUGUCUGUCGAACUCGAAACUUAUGACAAUGCGUGGCGGAAGUGGUGCACUCGCACACACGCACAGAAGAGUAUUGUUGGAAAAAAAGGGGGUUCUACUCGCCGCCAGCCGGUCGGGUUCCGGUUACCCCAAGAAGACUUCUUCUCUUGCCUAGCAAACAAGAAGAAGCCUCGAA